AUGUUUUCUAAAAAGCAGUCUAGUGAGUCCAGACGAUUGCUGGAGAGAAAAUUGUACCUCGCUCGAGAACGUCCAGAUGAUAUAUUUGAUUUGUCAUCAUGUGAACUUAAAAUGAUUCCUGAUGGAACUUUUUCUCUUGUUAAAGUUCUAUUAAAAACAAAGCUAUAUUUUCAACAAAAUUCUUUACAAAAACUUGAUUCCGGUGGUAAAUUAACAAAUCUUCAAAAUAUUGUCCUACUUGAUAUAAGUUCGAAUGAAUUUCAAUAUUUACCUAAUGAUAUUUGCGAAUUAAAAUGUUUACAGGUUUUAAAUGUUUCAAAAAAUCUAUUAUCAAAAUUACCUUCAACUAUAACAUCUCUUACGCAACUUCUAUUUCUUAACGUUGAAGACAAUCGUCUUACUGAAUUGCCAUCAGAUUUUGGAAAACUACAUCAAAUCACUAAACUUUUUUUAAAAAAUAAUCCUUUGUCAUGUUUACCUAAACAAUUGUGCUAUUUGAAAGAUUUGAAAGAAUUAACUCUUUCCUACGAUCAAAUACAAUAUCCUACCUCAGUGAAAGCGUCUGUUUCGCAAUGUAACGUCACUAAAAUUCCAACAAUUUGUCUGGAUAACAACCUGGAGUUGACCGAUGGCUGUGAUAGUGGUUUAGGUGGUAGAUCAGAGGAAGAAUUUUACGGUUCAGAAGAACAGGCGUUUGGUAUCAAUGAGUUGUUUUAUUUUUCCAGACUUUCUUGUAUCAAUAGUCACAAGAAGUUUUUAAUUGCAAUCGUACUUCUUUCGCAAUGCGAUGAAGGCUACCGUUGUGCUGCACAGCAAUGGUUAAAUAAUACUAUAUUAGAUUCCAAAGAAGAUCUCGAUCAAGUAUUCUUAGAUAUCAACGAGUCAGACUAUCUCAAGAAGCUUCGCUCAACAUCGGCUUCGACAAAUGAGUUACUAGAUAUAUUAAAAAAGCUCACACCUUUAUCGGCUGUACAGUACAAUAAUGAGUCUUAUCAUCAUAUCAGUCAUAAUUCUGUGUCAGCCAAACCAGAAACGGAUAAUAUAUAUUGUUCCGGUACCCGUCCUAGGAAUAUGUUCGGUGAUUCACCACCAGCAGAUAUUGAUGGGAUUUCUCAGAACUUCCAGUCCAUCAAAAGACAAUACCUAGAACUGGUUAGCAAUAGCUUUAUAUCUUCACUCGUUACUGACUGUGAUCCGUUAAUUAAGAAAUUUCACAAUAAUCCUAUCCCGUUGCGUGAAGUGGCAGUGCAAACAUCAAUUGGUCAACUUUUUAUUGCAACAAUUCUUCACGCUUCCUUUAAUGAAGAUGAUCGCAAAUGGUUGUUGUCAUCUAUUCGAAACAAAUACAAGGGAUUAUCUAAAGAAAGCAAUACAUUACUAAAACAUGGUUCUUCGGAUGAUGGGCUGUGUUCAAAAUUAUUUGAUUGCCUGGUUGAUCUUGGUUUAGAUCUUUCUUGUGCUUUACAGCGCAUAACAGAUUCGUCGUCGCAUUCAUUAACUUCUUCCGGGUUCUUAUCAGGUUGUGGAGGUUCAGAUAGUCAAUAUGAUCUGUUCAUGGAAGCUUCUAAUUCUGGACCACAUUCAGUGAAUCAUAACAACAGUAUAACUACUACAAAAGCAAACUAUGGUGCACUAUUAACUGUUCCAAAUGCUGAAGUUAAACUUGGUUUUUCAAACAAUUUUUAUAACAAUCAUUUAUACUGUUCUCAUUCACAAAGUACAUCAUCUCACUUUUCACAUAGAAGAUUAUCUGACAUUCCUAGGGUAUCUAACUAUCAUUCUUUACCUUCUUCACAAUGUCAUAGUCAAAAUUUGCCAAAUAAUAAUGACCAAGAAAAUAAAGCACCUGAAAUUUUUGAUGUAAGCACAAAUCAGAAUUCGCUUAACACAUCCAAGGAUUUUAAUGAUUUGCCAACAGUUAGUUCACCUAGCCCUCCUACAUCCGUCCAAAGUUCAACGGUUGAUACAAAUAGCGGAGAGACUAAUCUAUCUUCAAAUGUUAUUUACCAACAAAGAGUGUCCACUUGUACACUAAGUGAUUCAAGCUCAAUCUCAUCCAGUAAUACGGAGCUUGGUGUUUAUAUUCCUCAUUCACCAACAUCAAUAUUUCUGGCUUCCACAUCACCGGAACCUGUAAAAAGUUAUGAGAAUAUUGUUACACAAACUAGUAGUUCUCAUCAUUUCCCAACUGUAACUGAUGGUCAAACUAUCUGUGAUCAUCGUGAGUCACUGUCAACUGCUGAACAUUCCAAUCUCGUGAAUAAUCAUCAUCCACCGUCACAAACUCAUGAUCAUGUCCCUAUGAAUUUUCCUAAAAUUCAAAAUGAAUCAAAUCAUUCUAUAAUGCCCAGGAAUUUAAAUAAAUUCACAAAUCCUACUGAUGUUGAACAUAAUUCACAUUGUGUCAUCGAUGAGAAUAAUUUCUUAAAUCCAUCAUCUGGAAUGACAGCUGUUCCAUUCUGGCUAAAAAGUUUACGACUGCAUAAAUAUGCUAGUCUAUUCCAAAAUCUGUCAUAUGAUGAGAUGAUGAAUAUCACUGAUGAUUGGUUAAAGCAGCAAAAUGUAACCCAAGGAGCAAGAAAUAAAAUUCUAUUAAGUAUUGAAAAAUUAAAACAUAGAAAAUCUACAUUAUAUUUAAUGGAAAAACGUCUUACUGAUCUAUCAUCAACUGAUCAAUUAACACAAACUAUACUAAAUUCAUGUUUAUCUGAAAUUAAACAUAUUCUAUUAACACCAAUUAAACCAUGCCGUGAAGCAAUCACAUUAUAUGCAUUACAUUUAAAUCAAUUAAAUUCUCGUUCAUGUUCUAGUUCUCCAAUUGGUGGUGGUUCGUCAUUUUCAACUGUUUAUAUUCAUAGAAAGGCAGAUGUGUCAUCAAUUAACACUACCACUACUACUCCUACUACUACUACUACUACAAUAACAAAUUCUACUUUUCCACUGACUGUUUCAUCUUCAUUAGUCAAUAUGAAUACUACUGUUCAUAAUACGAGAAAUACACUUACCGGGAAUAAUGAUAAUGAUAACUGUAGUGGUAGUAGUACAAAUUUUAUGAAUAAUACAACCAAUAAUCCUAAGAUUGUUGAUUAUUAUUGUACUACUUGUGAUAUCAACUCUUUAUGUGGUAGAUGUAAAUGUUAUGGUCAUACAACACAACAACAACAUCAACACCAACAACAACUUACUGCAGCGAAUAAUACUAAUGAAGUAUUUAUUGGUAAUAAUAAUAAUAAUAAUCAAUAUUGGUCACCUUCUAUGACUAAUCUACUAUCAAAUAUGUCAUCUUAUGGUGGAAUUGAUAAUUAUUGUCAAAAUGAUGAUAAACUACAUAAUUUAACACUACUAUUAUCUUCAAAUGUAUUGAAUCGAUCUAAUCAAAAUGAAUGGGAUUGUAUGAGUAAUGAUGAAUAUGAUGAUCAGAAACGAAUUGAUCAUGUUGAUGCUGAUGAUGAUGAUGAUGAUCAUAAUAGUAUACCUGGAUAUAUUAUUGCAUGUUUAACAAAAGUAUGUUCCAGUUUAUUGGUCACAGCUUAUUCAGGUGUUAAUUUAUAUGAAGAGUUUUUACAAAUAUUGGAAAUUAUACUGAAUCAUGUUGCUUUUACUAAACAACAAAAGAAACUUGUUUCAUUUUGGAAACAUCGUAUUCUUAUUGUAUAUGGUCACUAUAUUACUCAUUCACCUAAUUUAUCAAAGUCAAAACCUGAUUUCCACACUAAUAUUUAUCAUCGACAUAUGCCACAUAUGCAUCACUCGGAUAUCAGUCGCCUUAACAAGUUCCCAACCACUUUGAUUAGUCCAGAACAACGUCUAAAUUCUCAUAUGGCUUAUAGAGCUAAUGCAAAUACUCUUCCGCCUUCUGCUGUUUGCUUGCACAAUACUCAGGAUACUUCAACUAAUAUGUCUUUAAAUAUCCCUACAGCAAUUGAAGCUUUACGACGACAUAGUGUUUCUGUUGGUGAUUCUGGAAAUUGUUUAGCUGUUGGCAGAUUAAACAAUCGGCGUAGAAUGCCUAGUCCAAACUUAUCGUAUUUUUCAGGAAGAAAUGGUCCAUCAACGAAUCUUGUAUCAGGUAAUUCAUGCUUUUCUCGUCAUCCUCAAGCGUCUUCAGAUAUGGAAUUAUCUGGUUUUCCAUCCCAGUUACCGAGACCACGUUUUCAUAGUCCGUCAAGAUUUGAUCCUUCAACUAAUCUAACUCCACGCAGAAAUUUAAUGCCUGUAGCAACAGCUCCUGUUACUAGAAUGCCUUCACCAUCAGAUGUUUGCCGUCAUGGUAUUUGUUAUAAUGACUGGUUUUCUCCUGAUAACAAAGGUGCAUUUCCUACCGCACCUUUCCCAUCAAGUGUCUCACCGAUUUCAAUUUGUGAAGGAUCCUAUCCAGAGAAAAUAAUAUCUGACACUCAACUUAUACAACAGCUGCCGCGAACACCAAAUGUUCCAGCUUCGAUAUUACCGUGCCAAAAUGCUUUUCACAAAACUCAUAGUACAUGUUUAUGUGCAUCCACUCAUAAUACUAUUAACACAACUAUACCCAAUAAUACAUCGUUGACAUUAAAUUCAUCAAAUCAUUUAAUAAAUAAUCGUCAACAUAUUGAUGCUAAUUAUUGUGAUAAUUCUGGAAAUUUCUUCCCAUCUUUAAAUUGUACACCAAUCCCAUGUAUGCCUAAUCCAAUCGUUUAUCAUACAUUUGAUUCAUUAUAUAAUCAAUCAUAUGAGAAGAAUUCUGCACAAACUGUUAGUGAUCCCAAUUGUCCAGUAAUCACAACAACACCAACAACAAUACAAAAGUCAUCACAACACAUCGAUUUAAAAGUUCCUAGCAUGAGUAGUAGUUGUUGGUCAACUGAUCCUUAUAUGCAUCAAAUUCAUCGAAGACAAAUGGAAUUACAUGAAUUGUCUCAAUGUAGUAUGCACAACAAUAAUAUUUAUAAUCUGAAUCAUAAGCAAAUCAAUAAUAAUGAUAAUAAUAAUGAUAGUGAUUUAUUGGUGUUUGUUGAUAAUUACAUUGCAACUGCUGAAAAUAAUAUGAUUGAAGAUUUAUCAUCGGAUUCAUCAAAUGAUCGAAUUAAUCGUGAUUUAGAUCUGCUUACACGUAAAGUAACAGAACAUGCAAUUGGAGGUUUCGAUUCAAUGACAGACUGA